GCCUCUAUGAGCUGUUCUCUCUCCCCCUGGCUCAGCUCAGCAGCCGGGGCCCCUUUUCCAAGCCGGACUCUCUUGAAUUCUGCCAGGGUGUACGUCCUGAUUAGCAGCACCGCCACUAACACUGUCACCCCAAGUGCGACCACUGCCAGCAGAGCUCCCAAGGAAUUCCUCCAGCGAGCCUUCAUGGUGGCCCCAGCCAGUGUAUUCCUCCGUGCAAUAAAUUGAUCACUCCUACUGCCACCAGGAUUGUGCACGGGCUCUAUUCACCUGCAACAAACAGAUUAAAUCCCCGACAUUCUGCGCAGAACAAAUGGAACUGUCAGGAAUCCACCCGUGGAGAGUAACAAGAAUUCCAUUUGUUAGUCGCAGUAAAAGGUGAUUUGUGCAGCAGACUAUCAGGCGGGGCAGGUCAACCCAGGGAAGAUACACUGACGGCUAAGGCUGUCUCUAUGUGUGUCAGCAAACUGCUGGGACUCGUAGUAAAAUCUGGGCUGUGAAUUAUUAUGGAUUCAGUUUGUCUAAUCUAGGUGUUACCAGGUAAAACAGUUUUUGAGGCAGAACUUUUCGUUCCAAAAAGGACUUAAAAUAUCUGUAAAAUAAAGUGACUAUCAUACAGUCUCUGACACUGAAGUGCAUUGUAACCUCCAAAACAUUCCCGUCUUAAAAGGGUCAAAUCAUUUCUCUAGUUAGUACUUGGAACCUUCAGUCCCAUAUCUCUACUUUGUAGCCAGAGAAAUCAACUCAUUAGAAGCAGUUACCUUGGAACGCUAACACGUCACUUCCGGGUGUACCAAGUUGGUUGUCUAUCAACAGGUCGCCUGCAGGCUAUUACUAACAAUGGUCUGACGGAGUUAUCGCGAGAUUCUGGGACUGUGUGUAAUCUCGCGGGGCUGUGUGUCCCGGUGUUCUGUCACAGUCAGUGUUAUUGUGCUGGAGGUGCCUGGUCCCCGUGUUCUCUAGCAAUGCUCCGACUCCGCUGUAAAACCCGGGAGGGCAGCCAGCUCCUGCAAGGCCUGACCGCGCUCUCCACCAUCCGGGAGCUGAAGGACAGCAUCGCCGGGGUUACCGGGAUUGUAGGCCCCCGGCAGCGGGUCAUGGUGGGCUUCCCCCCUGAAAACCUGGACCUCAGCAACGUGGAUGGCACCCUGGGAGAACUGCCCAUCAAAUCCGGUGAGGAGCUCUCCCUGUCACACCCCUGUGGGGGGAGAGGGAGGGAGGAAAACCGUGUCCCAGUAUACAGGGCAUCCUAUACAAAGUAAAGACCCCCUCCCUAGGGCAUUUACUGUACAUGGCUCAUAGUAUACUUAUAGCACCAGGUUUAGCCAUCACUGUUUCUAGGUCAACCCCCAGCCAGUAAGAAUAACCAGACAAUGGGUGCACACUGUCCAUGGUUUCUGCUGAAUCACCAAGGCCUAUGUAGAAUCUUUUUUUUGUGUGGGGGGCAAUGUUAACCAUCACUCAUUUCUCUCUUUUUCAUACUGAUAUUAUUGUAUCAUUAAGGACUUCACUUAUUAAAAAACAAAUAUGUAUACAUACAUCUGUAUGCUCUGUUAGUGGUAUAUCUAAAUUAAAGCAAUAAUAGCAGAUUUUUAAUUAAAAACUCAGAUUGCAAUGAAUUCACACAGAAGACAAAUUACAAAAACUGCUCAUUUUAAAAUACAAGGCUAUGGUCGUUUUUCUGUUUUUUUUAGCCUCAUUUUUGUUAUCUGGGUUUCAGUUAAUUACAGUUCAGAAUUAAUUUAGGGAAUAAUGAUGGGUUAUAGUUGAAAACAAUAUUUUUCCAACUUCUUUUCAAGGGAUCUGUGAUGCUCCUACCCCAACCAGCGACAUGUUCUCACAAUGUUUUCCCCGCUACUUAACUUGAAAACUAGAAUAGAGGUACUUCUGAUAUGUUUUUCACUUUUGGAACAGAACCUGGUUAUGAAUUAAGUUAAAUUAUCUUUGGAAAACAGGAAAGAGAACAAUUAGUUCUGAUUUGAAAGGAUGCCAUGGAUAGACAGAGAGAGCUAAAGUUUAUUACCAUGACUACUGUCCGUGGACAGAAUUGAUACUAAUAAUGCAGUCAUGUGACAGAGUAUGGGGAAAGAGUAGGGAGUGGUGCAUUUCUGUUGUGAAACUGCUCCAAAACCACAAAUAAAUUGUCUUACGAAUGGAAAGACAAUAUUAAUGCAUCUGUCUGCCUUGCUCUUAUCCUUUCAGCAGCUGCAAGUGUCAUCCGACUGGAGGCAAUAAAUGCAUAAAUAUUAUUUUAAUUGUUUCUGCAUAUUUGACUAGAAAAGUAUUUAAUUUUGCUUUGUUAACAUUUGUAGGUGACACACUUAUUGUUGAAGAGGAUAAAAGUAAGCAAAAUACAGCACUUCCACCAGUCUCCAAGCCUCUAACCGGGAUCAAAAUUGAGCGUCGUGUCGUUCCAGCUGAUAACUCCUGUCUCUUCACCAGUGUUUACUAUGUUGUGGAAGGUGGCAUAUACGACCCUGCAUGUGCACCUGAAAUGCGCAAUCUUAUUGCUGAUAUUGUGUCCAGUGACCCAUCGAAUUACUGUGAGGCAGUGCUAGGUAAAACCAAUGAGGAAUAUUGUGCAUGGAUACGGAGAGGCGAUACAUGGGGUGGUGCCAUCGAAAUUUCCAUACUUUCCAAAUUUUUCCAGUGUGAAAUAUGUGUGGUCGAUACACAAACUGUGAGGAUAGAUCGCUUUGGUGAAGAUGCUGGUUAUACUAAAAGGGUCAUGCUCAUCUAUGAUGGCAUUCACUACGAUCCAUUGCAACGACAAUUCACUGAACGCGAUGUGCCCCCCAUGACAAUAUUUUCAACUAUGGAUGAUGAAGCACUAGUGCAGGCCCUGGAGCUGGCAGAUGAUGCAAGGAAAAAGAGACAGUUCACAGAUGUAAACAGAUUUGCUUUGCGCUGUAUGGUGUGUCAGAAAGGUUUAACUGGGCAGGCGGCUGCUAGAGAUCAUGCUAAGGAGACUGGACACACCAACUUUGGGGAGGUAUAAUCUCUUUUUGCUGACCAUGUUUAAAUUGGUUCAAACUACCUCAAAAAAUGCUGAACCAAGGUCGAAAAUAACAUGUUUCUUUCCAAAUGGCUCAGAGUGUCAUCCUUAAAGCUUAUAACACAGAAAACCUUAAAUCCAGUUGCCGACUUCACCACCAUUAGCCUCUAAGAACACAUUCAUUACAGUUGGGCUUAUCCACCCCUUUGGCAAAAAAGGGGUUUAAUCCUGACUGUAUUCUUUGAUGCUGCAGUGUAAUAUAUUAUUUAUAUAUGAUCUAUUGUAGAGUAUUUAUUGAUGGAUAUGUUGGGCAAAAGUGCCCAGACUAUAUUUGCAUGAUUUGGUAUUUCAAUCAUUGAAUAUCACUCCCAAACUAUGUGCACAUAAUUAUCGCUUCAAUUGUCCUUCACCUGUAUAACUUUACUUUUUACUAAGUUAUAUAAAUGCCAAUACCAUCUGUAAAUGAAACCGGUGCAUGUGAGAUUUGCCACUAGAGAUUUGGUACACUGAUAAACAUUUUAGAAAUUUGGAAAUUCGUAUAAAAUACACAGAAGUAGUACAAUAUAAAAUGUCAAGAAUUCAUAGUUAAUCAUACAUUUAACUCCACAAUAGCUGAAUUAGAAAAUUAUCAGACAGUUAUGUUCCCAGUUUGGCUAUAUUGAAGCUUUGCUUUUUAUUCCCCAUAAUUUAUGUUUAGGGGGUACCUGUCACUUCUCUGGAAUUUACACCAUUGAAUAAGACUUUGAAAAUCCCUUAUAACUUGUAUUAAGCUAUUUUUCAUGAGAUGAUCUAUUUUCUUUUAAUUUUAGAUCAGAUUUAGCAAGUUGCAUCUUAAUCCAGUUUAAUUAGGCAAAUAUUACAAAUGAAGAGAAAUAGAACAUUUUAAUUUCUAUACUGAAUGCCAGGUACAAAAUAGCUUAAAAUAGGAUUGACAGUGAUCUAAGAUGGAUCCACUUAGUUGUAGGAUAAAGAUCCAUGGAAUUCUACAUAUAAUUAUUAAUUUUUAAAUACAUAUUUGGUAAAUAUAUUCUUAAAAUUACUGGGAAGUGGCAGUUCCUCUUUAAAUUAAUAACCAUGUCUGUUUCCUAACCUCAAUUUGUCAGGAAGCCUAUGCUAAAGGGCUUGUAGAAUAGCAUAUGGGGCUGACAUAAAUCAAACAUGGAUUCUAUAUAUGGUGAUAGUGUCUCACAGUGGACUAUGAGAACCCUCCUUAGAAUAAUCAUACCUAUAAAUUGGAUAUCAUAAAGUGUGAGUAGGUGUGUGGUUUGUUUGUUUGUUUUUUUCACUUUUUUUUUUUUUCCUGGGACAAUGGAACUUGCUCAUGUAACCAAAUUGAGUACUAAAGCAUUUUAGCAUUUCUUCAGAUGCUUAUAAAAAUUGCCCUCAUAAAUCAAUAUUCAUUAUUUUGCAUUUAACUACUUUGUUUUCAGGACAAACUUUAUACACCACUUGUUGCGACUAGCUCUUUGAGUGGCAGAUAAAAUAAUCUUCAAUCAACUGCUGCAAAUAAUUUUCAUUUGCUUUCACACAGGACAGCAGUUUUAGGAGGAGAUAGGGUUGUUUGUUUUUGAAGAUGGUUUGCAACUUUGAGCCUUAAUUGCUACAUGAUAGUCCUCCAAUAUAUUGCCAUACUCUAAAGUGCUCUUUCAAUAAGAAACUAUGUAAUGUACUUGACCUUGUAAUACUUGGAACAUUAUCUUCUCAUAAGUCUGUACAGGUUCCCUGUGUGCAAACAUCUUUUUGCUGUUAACUCUGUGUUGUCCUGUUUUUUUUUGUUUUUGCACCAGAUGGUACUUAAAAUAGCAGACACAUCUAGAACAAUACCUUGUUUAUAUAGCACAUUCUUUGUGAAAUGUUUGUUUUCAAUGUGCCCAUCACUGAAAGUAUUAUAUUGACCAUUUUGCUGCUGUUGGAAGCACUUCUGGCAAUAAAAUGAUGCCUAAAAAGAGUAAGCAGAAAUUGAUUGUUCAAAAGUUAAAAUAUGAUCUUUGUACAAUCAAAGCAUAAGCUUUAUUGAUUUAUCAUGCUACAUUAUCAUUUGCCUUUUGUGAUACAGGAUGGCUGCAUACUUGAAUACUUAUUGAAAUUGUUGGCUACUUAUUUAUUUUUUACUAUACACUACUGACAUUGCAAUUCAUUUAUGCUGCACACAGAGAUCAGAAAUGUUCUGUUGAAUGUCAGCAGCAAGACAUGCGCAGAAUGAAUCAGAUUUAAAAAAAAAAAAAAAAUGUACUGUUUUUUAAAUAGACAGUAGACCUUUUAAAAGUUUGAAAUUAUGUAUUCAUCAAAUGUUUCUUUUAUAGAUUUACUAUUCUUUUUUAAAUGACAAACUAAAACAAGCAUCCUUGUUCACAAAGAAUUGAAUAAAGGGUGUAUCAAAAUGCUACCAAUAUAAAUUAUCUAUACAGUGUUAAAUUCCAUUAAACCUUUUAAUAAGCUAUAUUUAUUAAGAACUUGUAUCAGUAUUGUUUACAAUUAGUAUCUUUUCAGAAGUUUGCAAAUAGCCAGAUUUUAGGGGUAUAGCUGUUAAAUAAAAGUUUCAAUGCCACUUUUUUUACAAUGCAAAUUUAUAAUUCUGUUGGUUUACAGGCGUUUUCAAGAUGGUGCUUUCUACUUGCCACAUUUGAAAUUUGCACUGCAAUUAAACAGUCUGUCUCUCUUUUUUUGCAUAAAAUGAAGAAAUACAGAUAUGGGGUUUUUAGCAUCGACACACAUUUUGCUCAUUAAUUUGCCAUGGUUGACCAAAGUUCACAUUGGUAAAUGGAAACUGCACUCAAAAAUGUUCUCAUGUGAAGAUUUUAUUUAUGAAAUCUAUGCUGGUGACUCUUGUAUGAUUAGUUAGGAAAAUGAGCCAUGUGAUGUCAAGCCAACUUUUAACCCAAAUUUAAUUUUAUAGCCUGUUACACAGCUUGUUGGUGAGUGCUCUAAUGCCUGUUACAAAACCGUGUCUGUUACAUACAGGUUCACCUGAGCGUUUAAUCUUUUUGACGUUGAUUAGAUAAGCGCCAUGAAACUUGGAUUUAAUCCCCAAAUAAUUGGAAAUAAAUAAUAAAAGCUAAUGCACUCACUCUACCUGGUAAAGUUAUUUUGACAUUACUAUUUAAUUUCUUGCACUGUUAAAAAAUAGAUUUUUCUUGAAUACCACUGGUUUUAAGGAAAAGUACUCAAAAGGGCAUCUUUAUGUGAGGCUGGGUCACACUGGCAUAAACAUACAUUGCAUGUCUGAAGCCAGUCUACUAAAGUCCAAUUAUUUAUUUGCUUUUUGUUUAGGAGUCUACAUCAGUCCACUCUAUGGCUUUACCUUAAUUGAGCAUUCUGGGAUAAAACAUUUUAUUUUUUUUAACAAUGCAUAUACUGUUUAAAUGUGCAGUUUUUAUUACUUCUAAAAACAAAGCCUUUUUCCCUGAAUAGCUCUGGCUAGGCCUUGUCAAUAUUUUUAACCAGCUUAUUGUAAGAAGCUGAUUCAAGAUCAGUCAACAUAAAGUUAAUGAUUCUCUAUGAGAAACCGAUAUGAAUCUUUUACAGGGAGGCAUAGGAGGCUUGGCACAGCGAUAUAACACAUAAAAUCAUGGGGGCAGCUCUAUUAAAAAGGUUGAUGCCAUUCUCCUUCAAAAUGAGGCCAACAUUUGCUGUAUGCAAUUGGUAGCAGUACUGUUCCCAAAUGAAACUUCCACUAAGUGCUUAUAAUCCUGACCUCUCACUCAUCCAUAAUUAUGACUGGCAAUUCAGUUUAAGAUCGGUAUUAGUAACAAUCACAUGCAGCAAAUGUGCCAACCUCUGGUAAUCUGUCAAACUGUUUAACAUUUUUGCUGUUUUGGAGUGUCUUACUCGUUUGAGUUGCUUGAGCAACUGCACAUCAAAGCAGCUGUUCAGCAAAAUCUUUUAGAGCAUUUUUAAAGAGUCUGCUCAAUCUUUUUUUUUUUUUUAACAUAAACGAGAGGGAUGAUACCCCAAGACUUCUUGCCCCAUUAGUAUUCCAAUGAGUUGUCAUGGAUAUGGUAUUAAGAAUGCUUCUUUAAGUAUCAAAUGGUCUAGAAAUGCAUGGUUUGAUCAGGAAAUUGUAUAUCCUUUACAGUUUUUAUAUUGCCUGUGAGAAAUUAGCGUUUGGUUUCUAAACAGCAUUAUGCAAGUCUUACUGGGAACUUAAGAGUCAGAAAAUAUAGUCUGAAAUCAAUGUAUGGCUUUAUCUAAGGUGCUGCUGGAACUGUUACUGCUUGCCCUUUUUGAUGAGACACAGACUAAUGCAAUUGAUUGUGUGUAUGAUUUUACCUUUUUGUUUAAAUAAAAUAAAAACACAAUGAGAUUUAUCAAUCUGACUUUUUUU